AAAUUAUGCUCUUCUCCAGUGUCAUCUGACGCUGCCAUUAAACAAAAGACCACACGAUAUUAUCAAAAGAGUCGUAAAGCAUUUUUUCCAAGUGUUGGAAUAACAUUGGGUAACGCACAUCGGCCAUUAGCAGUUAACACAUCUAUUUAAAUCACUCUUUUCUCUGCUCCACCAAAACAUUCCGGCAAAAACAAAAAAACAUCACUAGAAAAGCUCAUUAUGACAGGAAACGAGGAAAACAACAAGCCGACAAAAACCCAUGUCUUAAUCUUCCCAUUUCCGGCGCAAGGCCACAUGAUUCCCCUCCUCGACUUCACCCACCGCCUAGCUCUCCGUGGCGGCGCCGCCUUAACCAUAACCGUCUUAGUCACUCCAAAAAACCUUCCUUUUCUCUCUCCGCUUCUCUCCGCCGUAAGUAACAUCGAAACACUUAUCCUCCCUUUUCCCUCUCACCCUUCAAUCCCCUCCGGCGUCGAAAACGUUCAAGACUUACCUCCUUCUGGCUUCCCUUUAAUGAUCCACGCGCUUGGUAAUCUCCACGCGCCGCUUCUCUCUUGGAUUACUUCUCACCCUUCUCCUCCAGUAGCCAUCGUCUCUGAUUUCUUCCUUGGUUGGACCAAUAACCUCGGAAUCCCUCGUUUCGACUUCUCUCCUUCAGCUGCUAUCACUUGCUGCAUCCUCAACACUCUCUGGAUCGAAAUGCCCACCAAGAUCAACGAAGAUGACGAUAACGAGAUCCUCCAGUUUCCCAAGAUCCCGAAUUGUCCAAAGUACCCUUUUAAUCAGAUCUCCUCUCUUUACAGAAGUUACGUUCACGGAGAUCCAGCUUGGGAGUUCAUAAGAGACUCGUUUAGAGAUAACGCGGCGAGUUGGGGACUCGUCGUGAACUCGUUCACCGCCAUGGAAGGUGUUUAUCUCGAGCAUCUUAAGCGAGAGAUGGGCCAUGAUUGUGUAUGGGCCGUUGGCCCAAUUCUUCCGUUAUCUGAUGGUAACCGUGGUGGCCCGACUUCUGUCUCUGUUGAUCACGUGAUGUCGUGGCUUGACGCACGUGAGGAUGACCACGUGGUGUACGUGUGCUUUGGAAGUCAAACUGUUUUGACUAAAGAGCAGACUCUUGCGCUUGCCUCUGGGCUUGAGAAAAGCGGCGUCCAUUUCAUAUGGGCCGUAAAAGAGCCCGUUGAGGGGGAGUCACCACGUGGCAACAUCUUAGACGGCUUCGAUGAUCGUGUGGCUGGGAGAGGUCUGGUGAUCAGAGGAUGGGCUCCACAAGUGGCUGUGCUACGUCACCGAGCCGUUGGCGCGUUUUUAACGCACUGUGGUUGGAACUCUGUGAUUGAGGCGGUUGUUGCCGGCGUUUUGAUGCUGACGUGGCCAAUGAGAGCUGACCAGUACACAGACGCGUCUCUGGUGGUCGACGAGUUGAAAGUGGGCGUGCGUGCUUGCGAAGGACCUGACACGGUGCCUGACCCGGACGAGUUAGCUCGAGUUUUCGCUGAUUCUGUGACCGGAAAGCAAACGGAGAGGAUUAAAGCCGUGGAGCUGAGGAAAGCAGCAUUGGAUGCGAUUCAAGAACGAGGGAGCUCCGUUAAGGAUUUAGAUGGAUUUAUCCAACAUGUCGUUAAUUUAAGACUAAACAAUUGAUUUAGUCAACUAAAAUUCUAGUUAUGGUCUUUUUUUUUUUUCCUCCAAAUGUUCCUCACGAAUUUUUAUUUUAAAUCUGCAUGUAUUAUAUUAAACUGUUGUAUGAUGAUAAAUUGGUGUUUUAAAUUGUGUAAUUUCGAUUUAUUGUCUAAAAAAGCGGGUCAGUCUGGAUCGGGUUGGGUCAUAUCGGGUCAAGUUUAAAUUUUACCCGAAA